GUGUCGAGGUGGUGCUGGUAGUAGAUGUUACGGCUGUGCCGGUGGUAGAGGCUGUGCUGGUAGUGCUGGUAGUAGAGGCUGUUUCGGUGGUAGCAGUAGAUGCUGUGCUGGUAGUAGAGGCUGUUUUGGUGGUAGCAGUAGAUGUUACGGUAGUACUGGUAGUAGAGGCUGUGCUGGUAGUGGAGGCUCUUUUGGUGGUAGAGCUUGUGCUGGCUGUGCUGGUAGUAGAGGCUGUGCUGGUAGAGGCUGUUUCGGUGGUAGACGUUGUGCUGGUAGUGGAUGUGCUCGAAGUGGUGCUGGUAGUAGAUGUUACGGCUGUGCCGGUGGUAGAGGCUGUGCUGGUAGUAGAGGCUGUUUUGGUGGUAGCAGUAGAUGUUACGGUAGUACUGGUAGUAGAGGCUGUGCUGGUAGUGGAGGCUCUUUUGGUGGUAGAGCUUGUGCUGGCUGUGCUGGUAGUAGAGGCUGUGCUGGUAGAGGCUGUUUCGGUGGUAGACGCUGUGCUGGUAGUGGAUGGGCUCGAAGUAGUGGUUGA